GACAAAAGUGAGGGGUUCCCUCCACCCACCUUCAAUCAGCUCGUCCAAGCCAUCAUCCUUGAGGAGAGAGGGACUGAAAAUCACCAUUUCCACCAUCCCCAUUCGAACCAAAGCUAAGGAAGAAGAAGGAGGGGAAAGAAGAGAGAAAGAAGGAGGAAAACUUGAGGAUUAAUAAGGUAUUUCGAGAACUUUCACGGAGUUGAAAGGGUCGCCGGAGUUGUCGCCGGAGUUCGUUGAAGUUCACCGGAGUUUCACCGGGGCUAAAUCGGAAAGGCUAGAACUUCAUAAGCUUCAAUAAGGUUAAGGCUUGAGACCUAAUCCUGCACCUUUGCCCAGGGUGAUCAUCAAUAAGGAAGACGUGGUCAUCUAGCGGCAAUCACAGAACUCCAACAAUGUAGUAGAAAGCUCCAACAGUGAAUUACGAAGAAGAAAACAAGGAAAGUGUAAAAACUGGUAUGAGAUUUAAUGUGGUCUAAUUGUUUUCAAGUUAAUACUCCAUCUAAACUAUAAUCGAACAAAUCACAAAACAACUAUUACUUCCCCCUUUCAUGACCCCUCUUGAAAAUUAAAAUCUAAACUCAAUUCUUUGUGUUGUAGUUUUUGUUGUCAAAAUCCGGUCAUACAUAUAUUGUCGCAGAUUGUUGACAGUGGUGUUUGAAUUCUUUGAUUGUUUACUCCUGUGAGUUCCUGUGUCUUGUGAAAACAUUAUAGCACAAAGAUCAUGAGGCAACCAUGCAUGGUUCAGGAGAGUGUUGAGUUUAGGCAUGGGAGGAGAAAGCACACCUUCAAACCCUGAUUCUCCUAAGUUGUUUUAAUGUAAUUUUUGUAUGCGAAGAAUUAUAGCUCUCAAGCAUUACGUGGUCACCAGCAUGCUCGCAAGAAGGAAAGAGGUGCAUUGAAAAAGUACAACUUGAUGGGUAUGGCAUUCCAUAAUCCCAUGUUAAGGUCUAUGGGGGUAUACACCAUGGAAUUAUGCAUGGUCAAGGGAGGGUUGAUGGAAAUGGAAGUAUAAUAGUGACAACGUUUGGGAAGCCUCCUAAUACAAGAUUGUCUAUGUCAGGGCUGCCUGAUCCAAGGGUCAAAGUAGCAGACUCAACAUGGCUAGGAAGCUUUUGGUUCAAUCCUCAAGAAGCAGAGGAGCAGUCCUAUCCUAAUAAGCACUUUUGUUUAAUCCUCAACCUACCUGUUACAUGUAAUCUUAUACGUAGUAUAACAUUGUUUCAAUGGAAAUUGUUAUAUAGCCACCUAGAGACAUGUAAAAUGUCUAUUAUAAUCCAAUGCAAAACAAUAUAUUG